AAGGCUGUAUCUGAGUAAUGUACACAGUGAGGUUGCCGUAGUUGUUGUCAUACAGUAGCAGUGGGGCGUUAGCAGCAGCGGUGGAGCUAAAGACCGAAGCUAACCGGAGCUAAUGCGCCGCGGAGAGCCCGCACAGCCCCCAGCCGAAUGUCUCACCUCCGUCCGGGACACAGACUCAUUCCUCACCGCCAUGAUACCGCUGCUCUGAACACCCUCCGCGGAAAGAAAGACAAAACCUCGCCCGCCUUUCUGCCUGUUCGAGCGCUGAAAUAAGGUGUGAAUGACCGACGUGGUGCCCCCCACUGCGCUCAGCGAAAUCAAGCUCCGUCUCCUGUGCCAAGAUGACAUAGACAGCGUUAAAGUGCUGUGUGGAGAUUGGUUCCCCAUUGAGUAUCCGGACUCGUGGUACCAUGACAUCACGUCGAACAAGAAGUUCUUCUCCCUGGCUGCUACCUUCAAAGGCGGCAUCGUGGGGAUGAUCGUGGCUGAAAUAAAGGGCAGAACAAAAGUACACAAAGAGGAUGGGGACAUUCUGGCCUCCAGCUUUCCUGUUGACACUCAGGUUGCCUACAUCUUGAGCUUAGGAGUGGUAAAGGAGUUUCGAAAACAUGGAAUAGGGUCUCUGUUGCUGGACAGUCUAAAGGACCACAUCUCCACCACAGCCCAGGACCACUGCAAGGCCAUCUAUCUCCAUGUGCUCACCACCAAUCUCACCGCCAUUCACUUCUACGAGAACAGAGACUUUAAGCAACAUCACUAUUUGCCCUAUUAUUACUCAAUCCGAGGAGUGCUCAAGGAUGGGUUCACAUAUGUCCUUUACAUCAACGGCGGGCAUCCUCCCUGGACGAUCUUUGAUUAUAUUCAUCAUAUAGGGUCCGCCCUGGCCAGCCUAAGCCCAUGCUCCAUUCCACAGAGGAUCUACCGCCAAGCACAGAGUCUUCUGCGAAGCUUUCUGCCUUGGUCAGGCAUCUCGUCCAAGAGCGGCAUCGAGUACAGCAGAACCAUGUGAGAGCUGCCCUGCAGAUGAAGGAGAGCGGUUUUCAGUCUUACCAGCCCCAGCGGUGGUGAUUUUACACGAAAGCUCCUGCAGCUUCCCCAAGCCGUGUAUUAUAUCUGUACAUAAUAUAUACUCUGAUUAAUAUAUGCAUCGUCUUUAGUAGACUACCCUCUUGAUAUGAACCUUCCAGUCCACUUCAUGCCUGUAAUUCCGCUGCUAUGUAGAAAACGUUCUAUGGUUCGCCCAUAUUUUUAAUAUAAAUAGAUUUUUAUGUGUGCCUAUUCUUCAUAAGGGGACUAAGGGGGAGGUAGCAGUACUUCCAGGUGCGUUCCUUUAGUAUGGAGUCACUUGCGUGCAUGUGUCAGACGGUGUUUUGUCUAUUUAUCACCACUUCGACACAAAGCCUUUUCUUUAUUUCUUUUAUUUUUCAUUUAUGCAGAGUUUUAAGUGGUUUUAGGAGGAUAUGUGCAAAUGCAGUGAAUGUAGUGGUGUAGAGGGAAAAGCGUUCGUAGUAAAGGAAAAUGCCCACCUCGCCGAAAUCGUAGUAAUGCAAAAACUCGUCGUAUGUCUGCAGUCAGUCAUAUCCGCAGAUGCCAUGCAGUGUACUUUGUUUUUAUAUGGAAAAAGAUGAAUGUAAUUGGUAGGCUAGAUAUGGUGUAAGGCGAAAAUGUAGGGUGUUGGGUCAGAGAUUUACCCAAAAAUAAACUCGCUGUAAGAAGACGCUCCUACAUUGCAUGUAACCUUGCAGUGUGAGAGAUGAGUGUUGUUGCUUGGAGAGACCCCUAGUGACGUGUUUGAGAGGACAGGGACGUGCUGGCUGUGGUGAGUGGGUUUAAAAAUGUCGGGAAUGUCAGAGAGUGAGAUUUUUUAAUAAUUGACCCCCGUGCCCAAAGUCGUGAUCAUGGAAGCCCGUUCCCAGCAGAUAGAAGAGAGGAAUGUUUCUAAAAAUGUUUAUCCUCUUCUUCUUGGUUUCUGGCAGCUGUGUGUCAAUAUAUUGACUUAGCACCUAAUUAAUAUUAUUGUCGAUUUUAAUAUGUCAAAAUAUCUAAUUUGGCUUGUGGUCUUGUGGUAAUGGCUUAUUUUCUCAAGAUUUUGAUCCUACGUCAUAUAUGUUAUUAAAUUUCAAGGAAACAAUUAUUUUGGGAUAAAUCAUUUUUAUGAGAUACUAAAUCACUGACAUAGUAAAUAUUUUGACAAAAUAAAUCAAUAUUUUGAGAAACAUUUUUGUCAAUAUUUUAAGAAAAUGUAAUUUUUUUUUAUUAAUUGUUUAAUUACAUUUUUCUUAUAAUAUUGAUUUUAAUAUGUCAAAAUAUUUAGUUUUCUCAAAAUAAUGACUUAUGGUCUCAUGGUAACGGCUUUUAAACCUCAUGAUUUUGAGAUGUCAUAAUAAAAUUGUUGUUAAAAGAAUAAGUUAUUAAAUUUUCAAUUUUUUGGGGGAUAAAUCAUUUUUAUGGGAUACUAAGUCUCUGUUUUGUCGUAGUAAAUUUUCUGACCAAAUUCGGUAUUUUGAGAAAAAUAAUUUUUACAACAGAAGUCAACAGUUUGAGAAAAUGUCAAUAUUAUUGAGAAGAAAUUAUUUCAACGUAGUGAGUCAAUAUUUUGAGAGAAUAAGUCAUUAUUUUCAGAUACUAAAUCAAAUUUUUGGACAUACACAGAAACAGAGAAGCAGGAAAAAAAUCAGAGCAUCAUCCUCCAGCUGGUGGGAUGGGCUUCCAUACAGGAUCCCUCAGGAGAAGGCACCCCCCCCUGCCUACCCACCCCUGGCACAGAGCAGGACUUCUUUGAUAUAUAUACAUUUCAGAUAAGCUAUCUGAGGAAUAGGUUUAUAACACUCAAUACUUAUAAUGCUUUCUAAUGUCAACUCUGUUAAAUUAAGGUGUAACCACUGUAUGUACUGUAUAUCGCUACUGACGUUCGAUUUCAGAUCUUAAGCCCCCCCCCCGUUCUGAAAAGGGAAGCAUGCCACUUACGUUCUGAGCCGAUAUGAAGGGUCCCUCUGAACAGUGCACAGGCUUUUAAAGGACCACCAUUUCAUGUGUUUUGAUGUGUGCUACUCUGUAAAGACACGUGCAUUGCAACUCCUUGAAUAAUUUAACUUUUUUUCUCGUGUUCAUUUAAGAGUGCAUCCGUGUUUAUCUGAGUUCUCCCAUUCCUGAGUGAGGCGACGGCUGAAAAAAGCAAUCGAAAAAAGAAAGAAUGCUGUUUUUUCAUAUAGUUUUCAAUCUUCGGACGAUCGUGGACUCUGGUUUCUCAGGCUUGGAUUGAACCUCGUCUUGGAUUCAAUUCUAAUUGCGAUGUUAAUACAUAGUUGAGUUAAAUUCACCAGUGGUGGGACUAGGUUUAAUCUGGGCCUGCGAAACCGGUCCUGUCUGUUAUAAACACAAUCUUAUGAGGACUUGUGCAAUGGUGCCCCCAACUGGCCUUUGAGAUUGUAUGGAAAAGGGUUUUUACUUUCUUUUUCCUCUCCUGCUUUUCAACCCACGCAGAUCUCGGUCAGGUAGAUUUUCCUCACUGUAUUUACAGCAGCAGUUACAGCACAACUCUGAUCUGCACCUCUUUCAAUCCAUCCGUUUGUUUACAUCCUUUUGCUUCAUCCGUCCAUGCAGUCUCUCACAGAUAGUACACACAUUAUUUUGAGAUGACUUCUAGGCGAGAAAGAAAAGAGGAAAUAAAGCUAUCGAAGAAAUUCACUCGGAUUAUUAUUUUCUAUGCUGCAUGUUUGUUAUUCAGCUUAAUUCAACAUACUGACUUUUACACGCUGAACAGUGAGAUGUUUGGCCACCUGUGGACCUAAAUAUGACGUGUAUAUUGAUAUUACUACUGAUAUAACAGUUUUAAUGUCUUACGUUUUUAAAAGUCUUCAUGGUUUUCUGUAAUAAAUCUGUUUCUAUUUAA